AUGGCGGAAUUCAACGAGGAUUUGGCCAGAUGGUUCGAAGAACUUCAAAAGGUUCCUGCUGAACACCACCUUCUGUGUCCGAAGAUAAGCACCGAUGACGCGGAAGACUACAAGUCGUUCGACGACAUAUACUCGAGAAUCACUGUCGAGGAGAAAAAGAAGCGAAUUGAAGAUGGAGACCGGCGUAUCGAAAUUACCUACUGGAACAGUCUGAUCUUCGGCUUCGACAAGAAGGAUGCUGGCAAGUGGCUGAAUGAGUUUACCACCCGUCUGGAGGAUUGCCUGAAAUCUUGUCCAGGCUGCGUCCUCAACUGGCACAUGAAACGCAGGGCCAAUCUCCAGAAGUUUGCCGAGCGAUGGAACGAGGAGGCUAUGCACCACAUCGAGCACCUUCUGGAACGGCUCGACGUUGCCCGCAUCGAUCACAACAUUGACUGGGCGAAGAAGUUCAUCGAGAAGAUUGAGGAUAGCGGCGCUACAUUCAAGAAAGCGCAGUUCGGCCAGCAUUUGCCUGAAGUUCUCAUCACCGUGUACGAGGCUCUCUGCUGCGUGCCUUACAUUGGCUUCCCCGAGAAGCGAUCUUCGUUCCAGUAUGUCUUCAUGCGGCUGCAGGGAAAGACGUACCUAAAACUUGGGUCAACCGAUCCCUUGCCUGGCAUGACCUAUUCACUUUUCGACACCAGGGUUGAGGACCGUCUCAAGUGGGCGCAGGAGAAUUGGAAAACAAUCGGCAGUUCGUCCAUGACGGAGGAGCAGUUUGACUGGGCCGUCAGCGGUGGUCUUGUCAAAGGCAUUGAUGACAUUUGCCAAAAAGACCUCUCGCAGCCUACCAGUGAGGAUUACCUGGAUAUCGAACGAUUCUGGCAAGGCUUUGAAUGCGUCCUGAGAACCCUUACCGACGACCUGAUCGUCAGCCGUCUUCGUAACUUGGAAGUGCGGCCAGGAAACCCACAUGUGUACGACUUGCUAUUCCGUCAUAUCCAGUUCUGCCGCUCCGAGGGUGUGUUGGUCGCCACCAUCAAGGUCCUCACCGAACUCUUGAGGAAGUCACCAAAGGCCUUCUGGAACGUCGUCGGCGAUGCGAAACCGAAUGUCAUUGCAGACCUGAUAUUCGCCAGUCCUGUGUACAGAAUUCUUCUUCGACAAUCGCUAGAGGACUGUUGGAGCGGCGUUGACUCCGCCGUCGAGGACUCCGUGCCGUUUCCGAUAUCCUGGAUUACUCCCUGGUUGCAAUCGCUGGGGCGUGAUCGCAGGUACGAUGCCUGCGAGGUCCUGACGCAUACCUUGUUCCGAAACCUUGCCAAGGACGCAACGCUUGGCGAGCCCGGCCAAGCAGCGUGCAUCAGAGCUGGCUUCGAUGCCAUGACCUUCACCAUGAAGUCUUUCCUCGACGACAAAACGGAAGUCAUCGCAUCCGGCACUACUCAUCUCUACGCUAGCUCGGCCUUCAACCUCGUGGUCGAGAACAAGGACCUUCUCGUCUGGAGCCUGAAGCCUCCGGGAAGCAGCAACGACGGAUGGACGACUCUGAAGGUCGCAAGCGCGGCCAAGUCGGUGCUUCACACCGCUCGAAAGCUGGACAUGAAGAUGCUGGCAGAAGAAUAUUUCGCCAUUAAUGACGGCAAGAAACCGCAAGUCACCGUCACCCGGAACUCUACCGCGUACUGGGAAUGCUUGAUAGAGAUGUUCGACAUGUCUUCGGACCAAGCAGAAAUAGCAAAGGACAUCUUGACAUGCCUCGAGCCCUUGAUAUCGGUUUCGGAGAUUCGAGCGGAGAAGAAAAAUGUACUGAGUGGCUCCGGCCAGCACUUCAAUAAGGUGCUCAAAGGCAUCGUGGACAUCAUCGUCCGCAUCCUCGGCCGUAUCUCGGAAUUGGACGCGACCGAUCUGAACGUGCUCUUUGCUCAUCGGCUAGCCAUUCAAAACAUCAUCGGCCUCUCGGUUCACGACAACGAUGAGACUGGUCUCGGAGAAGCCUCGAUGGAGGUUCUGAAAAGCUGGACCAGCGAAGUGUCGCGGGAAUCAGCCUUGCAACAUAUGGCUCGGCUUCAUCCCGAGCCGACGCUGGCAUCCAUCGUCUGGACUAUGGAUCGAGUCAUGCGAACGCCUUUCCCUUGGGACCCCGUUCGACCGCUCUUGAUCACCAGUCGUGACAUUCUAUCCGGUCUGGCAGACCCGUCGGAUGGGUUGCUGAGGACGACAUCGUUGGAUGGAAAGAUGUCGGCGAUCGUUCUUCGCUGGUGGAAUGAGCAGUGGCGAUUUGUCUCCAAGUCUUGUUUGAAUAUCGAGUAUUGGUCACGGUUUAUCGGCAACAAGAUCAUGACAGAGUUCUGCCGAGACAUCAUGGAACUUGCAGAAGGCCUUAUCCAAGAAGACGGCCUCUUCAUGUCAGCGACGAUGAACGGAAGGGGCGAAAAGGAAGCGAUGGCCAGGGUGCUCGGUCCGGCAAAAGACAACUUCCGCGGCAUGGAGAACAUGAUUCGUCUGAAAGAUGUGUAUCUGGUGGACACCACCGUUCGCGUCCUACGGAAGAUCUUGACGCGCCUGCGGGAGAAUGGCUUAGAGAUCAACUCCGGGUCUCGAAAGCUCAUCACUGAUGCUUGUGUUCCGACGAGUGUUCCGGGGAAAUACGUCAGAUCCACGAACCUGAACGACGGGCAACGCGCCGAGCUUCUGGAAGCACUUGGCCACGAAGACGACGUGCAGAUUGUCCAAAUUGGCGCCGUGUCACAAACUUCCAGCCGCCUCCCAGAAGCGGGCAGUGACAAGGUCAAGAGGCAAAGCAAGCUCGAUGCCUGGUCCAAGUCAACACCGACAAAUACGGCGACGCCAUCUCUGUCGUCGGGCAAGUCUAAUCGGUUGGAUGUCCUUGAGCUGAGUCGAUCGAUCGAGAAUCCACAACUCAAACAGAUCGCAGCUCGGCAGCAGGCAAAGUCCAAGGCCAUUGACACGAAAGCCAUCUCGGCCCUCAAGGAGAGCCGGCAAAGAGAGAAGGCAGAAAAGGCUCGCAGGGAUGCAGAAACCAUCGCCAAAGCCCGGCGCCUCCGAGGAGAAAUCGCGUCCGGGGAGGGCCCCGACCUGCCCCUCACAGGAAAGGAAAACGCAAGAAGCGAAAUCAUGGUCAACAGCUCCGAUGAGGACUCUGGCGGCGAGAGCGACGAAUCCGACACCGACAACCAGCUUAUUGCCAUUAGUACCGGCGGCCAGAAGUCGCUAGACGAACACGAGAGAAGGAAGCAGCAAGCUCUUCGCGACAAGGUCCGCAGGCCCGUCAAGAAGACGCGACAGCAACGAUCUGUCAAGGAAAUGAGAGCACGACUGAUCCCUCCGAUGGACAGACUGCACAAUACCAUCCUUGCAUGGGACAUCUUCCACGAAGGUGGCGACCCCCCAAAUGGUCCUAAGGCAACCGAAGUCGCCACCAAAUACCCAGAUCCCACUCAGUAUCAGGGGACUUUCUUCCCUCUCCUCGCAUCGGAAGCUUGGCGGGCUUUCGUGACGGCCAAGGAUGAGAUAACAACUCAAGCCUUUGGAAUGAAAAUUGCCAGUCGAGCUAGCGUUGAUAGUUACUUAGAGGUGACCUUUACGAUGCCGGUCUUGCAGAACCGAGAACGGGGGGUGUCGGAAGGUGACAUCCUCCUGGUGUCGCAAGACGAGAACCCACUGAAAAAUGCGUCGGCAAAGCAUUGCCUUGCGCGGGUCCAUCGUCUGACGUACAAGAAGGAUACGGUAGAAAUUACGUAUCGCAUCGCGUCUCGUAACAACUCGCUCUCGUCCAUACUGACGCCUGGCGUCAGCGUUCAUGGCAUCAAGAUCACGAACAUGACGACGAUUGAGCGAGAAUACGCUGCUUUGGAGAGCUUGCAGUAUUACGACCUCAUGGAUGAGAUUCUGAAAGCGGAACCUUCCCCGAUACUUCGGUACGGCGACGAGAGAGUUUCCAAUGCCAUGCAGAACUGGGCCCUCAAUAGAGGUCAGGCCUUGGCCGUUCUGGGUGCCCACGAGAACGACGGCUUCACGCUGAUUCAAGGGCCUCCGGGAACUGGCAAGACGAAAACUAUCAUUGCCAUGGUUGGGUCGCUCCUCUCCGAGCAAUUGUCUCAAGCUUCGGCUGGUGUUCCCGUCAGCAACCCGCUUCGACCAGCCACCGCCCCGAACGCGAACAAUCAGGCUCGGCCAAAGAAACUUCUCGUCUGCGCCCCCAGCAACGCCGCGGUAGACGAACUGGUGCUUCGAUUGAAGAACGGCGUCAAGACGAGAAGCGGGAAAAUGCGGAACAUUAACGUUUUGCGGCUCGGACGCAGCGACGCCAUCAACGCCGCCGUCAAGGACGUAACACUUGACGAGCUUGUACGAGUACGACUGGAAGGAGAUAACACGGCGGACAAAGCAAAGACCGAUCGGGAGAAGCUUCACCAAGACGCGGCAAAGAUCAAGGAAGAACUGGGGCUUCUCCGACCGCUACUAGAGGUAGCUCGCGGCCACGAGGACCGAGCGGAAUACAGCAGCCUGUCUCGAAAAUUCGAAGAGCUGAAGCGCCAGCAGAUACACAUCGGAAAGAUGAUUGACGCAGACAAAAGCAGCGGAAACACAAUGGCGAGAGAGAGAGAGCUGCGGCGGCGCCAAGUUCAACAGGAAAUCCUCAACUCGGCCCAGGUUCUUUGCGCGACGCUCAGCGGCAGCGGCCACGAGAUGUUCCGCAACCUGGACGUGGAGUUUGAGACGGUCAUCAUCGACGAGGCGGCUCAAUGCGUGGAGCUGAGCGCGCUCAUUCCGCUAAAGUACGGGUGUUGCAAGUGCGUCCUCGUCGGUGAUCCGAAGCAGCUGCCUCCGACGGUCCUCUCGCAGUCUGCGGCGCGAUUCGGAUACGACCAGAGCUUGUUCGUACGGAUGCAGCAGAACCACCCCGACUCGGUCCAUCUCCUGGACAUGCAGUAUCGUAUGCACCCCGAAAUCAGCAUGUUCCCGAGCAGAGAGUUCUAUGAAGGGCAGCUGCAGGACGGCCAAGACAUGGCAAAACUUCGGCGACAGCCAUGGCAUAAUAGCGAGCUGCUCGGCGCGUAUCGCUUUUUCGACGUCGAAGGUGUUCAGGAAAGGGGCCGCAAGGGUCAAUCGCUGGUCAACGUGCGGGAACUUGAGGUUGCCAUGCAGCUAUACGCCACGUUCAGCAAGGAUUAUCAGCACUGUGACAUGUCCGGCAAAAUCGGCAUCAUCACGCCGUACAAGGCCCAGCUUUUCGAGCUCCGGAACCGAUUCAAGGCUCGGUUUGGUGAGAACAUUACGGACAUGGUCGAGUUUAACACCACGGACGCCUUUCAGGGUCGCGAGUGCGAGAUUAUCAUCUUCUCGUGCGUUCGAGCCAGCUCGACGGGCGGCAUCGGUUUCAUGACGGACAUUCGCCGCAUGAACGUUGGGUUGACGCGAGCGAAAUCUUCGCUCUGGAUCCUCGGCGAUUCGCGCGCGCUCGUGCAGGGCGAGUUUUGGCGCAAGCUCAUCGAAGACGCGCAGAACAGAGGUCGAUACACGAAGGGGAACAUCGUCUCGAUGCUUCGCCAACCCCUGAAGCAGAUCAAGGCGAGCAGCCUUCAUGAGGAACCGCGGGUGGCGAUUUCAAGGGAAAUAGCCAUGCCUGAUGCCCCGGAGCAGAUUGCGUCUGCGGAUAACAGCACCAGAAACGGCGCUCCGGCCUGGGCAGACUCCCACACUGGAGGGGGAGCGGGGAGCGGCGGCGGCAACGGAAGCGCCCCGGCAGCUCGAGCCGACGUCUUCCCCGACAAAGCAGUGCUCCGCGUGGGUUCUGGACCACCAGUCAUACACACUUCCACGGAGGCGAGGAAACGACCGCUCGACAACGGAAUGGUCGGUCAGCCCGGGGCGAAGAGGGCGGCCAACGACAAGCAGCGCGGCGGACUCCAGGCCAAGUUUGGCCAAAAGGCGAGCAAGCCGGCGGCGGCACCGAAGGAUCCGUCGGCCAUGUCGGUGCUUGGGAUGACGCCUCCGGAGCGACCUCCGGCUCCUACGACUGUUCAUCCGGUCGCACCUCCGACGGGUCCGAGGCCGGGCCCGAAGAAUGCGACGAGCGUAUCGGCAGGUGCGGGCACGAUGACGAACGAAAAGGCAGCGAACAAGCCAGCUCCACCUGUGGCGCGCAAGAAGUCCAAGCCCAGCUUGUUUUUGCCGAAGAAGCGCUGA